AUGCCUAGCAGGCAGGAGGUCGCCUACUUCGGCGCGGGCCCUGCCCCGCUGCCCACCUCCGUCAUCGAAGCCGGCGCAAAGGCGUUCGUCAACUACAACGACAGCGGCCUGGGUCUCGCCGAGAUCUCCCACCGGUCCCCGACCGCCAACCAGAUCCUGGCCGACACGAAAGCGAGCCUGACGACCUUGCUUGAUAUCCCGGACAACUAUGAGAUCCUGUUCAUGCAGGGCGGCGGCAGCGGGGAGUUUUCGGCCGUGGUGCAGAACUUAGUCAGCGUCUUUGUCGAGCGCCGCCGCCGGCGGGCCGAGGCGAACAUCCUGAAGGCCAACCCGAACGAGGACCCGGCCCGCGUGGAGGAGCUCGUCUUGGAGCGGCUGAAGAAGGAGAUCGACGAGGAGCUGAAGCUCGACUAUAUUGUAACCGGCUCGUGGUCCCUCAAGGCGUCGCAGGAGGCAGCGCGACUGGUCGGGCCCAAGUACGUCAACGUCGCCGUGGACGCGAGGAAGGCCAACGACGGCAAAUUCGGCAAGAUCCCGCCGGAGGAGACGUGGUCGCUCACGCCGACGAGGCGAGAAGGCGGCAAGGGCUCUGCUUUCGUGUAUUUCUGCGACAAUGAGACGGUCGAUGGCGUCGAGUUCCCGGCGUUCCCCAAGGUCCUGGAACCUCAGGGAGAGGAUGAGGAAGACGAGCGAUUGGUGGUGGCAGACAUGAGCUCCAACUUCCUCAGCAGGAAGGUGGACGUCAGAAAAUAUGCAGUGAUCUUUGCCGGUGCGCAGAAGAACGUCGGUGUAACGGGCAUCACCAUCGUGAUCGUUCGAAAAUCCCUUCUUCCACCGCAGACCGCCACGCCUCCAGCAUCCUUACUCCAGAAACUGAACAUCGGCGGCGUCCCGGGACCCAUCGUGUUCGACUACGCCACGAUCGCCAAGAACAACUCGCUCUACAACACGCUGCCCAUCUUCAACCUGUGGGUCGCGGGCCAGGUCAUGGCGGAGCUGGUCAACACCUUCGGCACGAAAAAGGUCAGCGGCCAGGAGGAGAUCGCUGCCCGCAAGGCGCAGCUGAUCUACGCCGCGCUCGACAAGUACCCGCACGUCUACCACGUCGUGCCGGACAAGAGCGUCCGGAGCCGGAUGAACAUCUGCUUCCGCGUCUACGGCGGCGAUGCCGACAAGGAGAAGGAGUUCCUGGCCGGCGCUGAAAAGCGCCUGCUCCUGGGCCUCAAGGGUCACCGGAGCGUGGGCGGUAUCCGAGCGAGCAAUUACAACGCAGUGCCUCUGGAGAAUGUCGAGAGGCUGGUCAAGUAUCUGGAAGACUAUGCCACUGGCCAGUACUAA